AUGGUGUCCUACGAGUACGUUCUAGGUGGAGUCCUGGCUUCUCUGCUGGCCUCUGUUUACAUCAUGAUUAUUUAUAGUGCUAGAAAGGUGGCGGGUACAAAAAACAGUGAUAAUGGGUCUAUCAGGAUGCCACAAAACGAUGAAGAGAAAGGUACCGACGUCGUCAUUGUUGGCGCUGGAGUUGCCGGUGCAGCUCUUGCUUACACUCUUUCUAAGGAAGGACGUCGCGUGCAUGUCAUCGAAAGAGACUUGAGUGAGCCGGACAGAAUUGUUGGUGAGCUUUUGCAGCCUGGGGGUUAUCUCAAAUUGAUCGAGCUAGGUCUUGAGGACUGCGCAAAUGAAUCCAUUGAUGCUCAGAAGGUGUUUGGUUAUGCUAUCUACAAAGAUGGGAGGGACACAAUACUUUCUUAUUCCUUGGAGAAUUGCGAUCCAGAUAUAGCAGCAGGGAGAAGUUUCCACAAUGGGCGUUUCAUCCAAAGAAUGCGUGGAAAAGCUAAAACUCUUCCAAAUGUAAAAUUGGAACAAGGGACAGUGACAACUCUAAUUGAAGAAAAGGGCACCAUCAAAGGAGUGAUUUACAAGAACAAAGCUGGAGAGGAGUUGAGAACAUAUGCUCCUCUUACAAUCGUGUGUGAUGGCUGCUUUUCAAAUCUGCGAAAAAAUCUCAGCGCUUCAAAGGUUGAAAGUCCCUCAUGUAUUGUUGGUUUCAUAUUGGAGAACUGUGACCUUCCACAUGCAAAUCAUGGUCAUGUAAUUUUGGGCGACCCUUCUCCUAUCGUGUUUUAUCCUAUCAGCAACACAGAGAUUCGUUGUCUGGUUGAUAUCCCAGGAACAAAAAUUCCUUCAGUAGCUAAUGGUGAAAUGGCCAAGUAUUUGAAAACCGUGGUGGCUCCUCAGAUUCCUCCUCAGCUCUACAAUUCUUUUAUAGCUGCAAUUGAUAAGGGAAACAUUAGAUCUAUGCCAAACAAAAGCAUGGCUGCAAAUCCACUUCCCACUCCUGGAGCACUUUUAUUGGGGGAUUCAUUCAACAUGAGGCAUCCUUUAACUGGAGGAGGAAUGACUGUGGCUCUUUCAGACAUCGUUCUUCUUCGGGAUCUUCUUAGACCCUUACAUGAUCUCAAUGAUGCACCUGCCUUGUGCGAAUACCUUGAAUCAUUCUAUACAUUGCGUAAGCCUAUGUCAUCUACCAUCAACACAUUAGCAGAUGCCUUGUACAAGGUGUUGUCUGCGUCGCCUGAUCCCGCAAGACAAGAAAUGCGUGAAGCAUGUUUUGGUUAUUGGAGCCUUGGAGGUAUACGUAUCUGUGGUUAUGGACCAGUUUCUCUUCUCUCUGGACUUAACCCUCGUCCAUCGCACAUGUUUCUCCAUUUCUUUGCUAUUGCUAUCUAUGGUGUCUGGCGCUUGAUGCUUCCAUUACCUUCUCCUCAACGCACAUGGCUUGCGGUUAGAUUGCUCUUGUAUGCAUCAGGGAUCAUAUUUCCCAUUAUAAUUGGUGAAGGAAUUAGACAGACGUUCUUUCCUGCAACAGUGCCGGCAUAUUACAGAGCUCCUCCUGUUUAA